AUGGCAACCAACAUUCAGGAAAAUGCUUAUCACCCAUUUCAAUAUGGUAUGAGACCUCCAACUCCACACAUCGCUACAAGUUCCACAACGAGCGCAAUCCUUGGUAGAGAUGAUACACUCGACUGUAGAGAGACUGAUGCAUGUACCUCCGCUAGAGUUUAUGAGGAAAAUAAAGAGGAUGCAUUAGAUCCACGGGAACCCAAUGAUGGCACUACCUCAAAUGCAGAUGAAGGACAAAUAGAUGGUGGUGAUUUGAUUGAGGAGCCACAGUCGGGGAUAGAGUUUAAUUCAUUUGAAGAUUUGCUGAGUUAUUAUAAGGGAUAUGGUAAAAGAUGCGGAUUUGGAAUUUUGACACAAAAGAGUGAAAGGGGAGAGGAUAAAAGUAUGAGAUAUGUCACUCUUGGUUGUGCCCGUGGUAGGAAGGCCCAGAAUAAGGGUUUCAAUGUUGCCAAUCCACGUCCGACAGGAAAAACAGAUUGUAAGGCAAAGAUUAAUGCCUUAAAAGUAGAGGGAAAAAUGCUAAUCACAACAGUUCACAAUGAGCAUAAUCAUGACCUCAGUUCACAAAAAUCUCGGUUCUUUCGUUGUAAUAGAGAAGUGAGUGAGGCUGUAAAAAGAGUCAUGGACACAAAUGACUUAGCUGACAUCCAAAUGAAUAAAAGUUUUGGAUCUCUUGUUGUUGGCGCAACUAGCUUCGAUAACCUACCAUUUUUGGAAAAGGAUUGUCGCAAUUACAUUGAUAAGGCACAACAUCUACGACUUGGUGCAGGUGGAGCUGGAGCACUUAGAGAUUAUUUUUUGAGGAUGCAGUACAAGAGUAAUGGCUUUUUUGCAUCGAUGGAUUUAGACGAUGAUGGGAGACUGAAGAAUGUUUUCUGGGCAGAUCCACGUAGUAGGGCAGCCUAUCAGUAUUUUGGUGAUUGUAUGGACGGUAUAGCUCCAAAAGCUAUUAUUACUAAUCAAGACAGAGCAAUGAAAAAUGCUAUUGCUAUUGUCUUUCCAGAAAGUCGACAUAGAUUCUGCCUAUGGCAUAUACUGAAGAAAGUUCCCGAGAAGCUUGGGUCAUAUGCUUCCUAUAAAACUGGACUAAAAAACCGCCUAAUGAAAUGUGUGUAUGACACUCAAUCUGUUGAAGAGUUUGAGACAUGUUGGGAUGGGUUACUUAACACAUAUGACUUACAUGAUAAUGUUUGGUUGAAAAGUUUAUAUGUUGAUCGUGAACAUUGGGUACCGGAGUUUGUCGACCAGUUUGACAAUGCAUUGAAGAAAAAGAUUGAGAAUGAAAUGAGUGCGGACUUCCACUCAUUUAGCGUCACGAUUCCCUACGUAUCUAGAUCUCCAAUUGAAAAGAGAUUUCAAGAGUUAUACACGAACGCUAAAUUUAGGGAAGUUCAACAGCAUAUUUUGGCCAUAUUCAAAGCUAAUGGUGUAAAAUCAUUGCCAAAUCAGUACAUUUUGGAUCGAUGGAAGAAGGACAUCAAAAGGAGAUACACGUUAAUCCAGCGGAGCUAUGAUGCAGAGGAUCAAAGUUCAAAUACUGGUGCAAUUUCACUAGACACAAGUGUUCAUGUUGGUAGUUCACAACAAGUCAAGAGUCCAAUUGUUGUCAGGGGGAAAGGAAGACCUUCAUCUUUGAGGAAAGCAUCCAGGAUGGAAACUGACAUGCGGAAACGAGAUGAAGGAGAUACACCAGUCAUGAACACCUGCAGGAAUUUAUUUGGGCCAUCAGAAGUAUAUAUCACUGGUCCUACAAAAGUGCAGCCGGUCCAGGAUGCAUUUGAUGAACCACAAUCGGCGCAAUGA